AUAUUUUAUUUAUUCUUUUUCUUAUUUGUAAAAGUAGAUAGUAUUUAAUUUGUUAAAAUUUUCUCUCUCUUCUAAAAUCACUUCAAACUUUCUGAGAUUUUCGAAUCUCUCUGCUUUAACUCUUCGCAUUUCAAUUUUCCAUUUUCUAGGGUUCUUUCUCUCCUCUUAUUUCCCUCAUAUUUACUGAUUUCAUAUUUUAAUUCUAAUUCCUAAAUUACAUUGAUCUCGUUCUUUAGAAAUUAAGGUUUUUAAUUAUUUUGAAAUUGAAUUGUUCUUCAGGUAUGGAAGAUGUUCAAAGCACGACAGCACAAGACUAUGGCGGCAAUCAAGAAGUUCCGGAAAUCGGUUUGUGCAUCUGUUGGCAGACUACACUUGUCUCUAAAACCCACUUCUCUCCAAUUUUCAAUUGAGUACGUGUUUCAUCCUUGAAAUUUAGAAGUACAUUCAAAGACUUGAAUUAUGAAGGCUUGCGUCUGUUGAAAUCUGGAAAAGAAAUCGUCAAAAGAUGAAGACGCUUAUGCAGAAGUACACUAUUGAUACAAUGGCAGACAGUUCAGAUGAGUGCUCUUGUCUCAAAGGAGGGGUUUACAAUGUUAAUGGAGAUGAAACAGUUCCUGUUUUGAGUGCUGGUUACAUGUGUGCUAAAGCAUGGAAAGGGAAAACCCGGUUUAACCCUUCUGGAAUGCAAACUUUUAUAAGGGAGUAUGAUCAUGCUCCUCCUGCUAAUCUAUUAGAGGGUAGAGGCACCCAAGAAUCACUUGCCAUACGUAAGGCAACUGUUACAGAAAAAAAUACUCAGUGGAAAGUGAUGUAGUUAGGACUUAGGACCUUGAAAAUGUUGUCUCAAGAGCACCUGUGGAAAGAUUCUCACUGUUCGGCGUGGCUGGUUUGUGGUGUGGGUGAACCAAGAACCAUGGCCUGUGCCAGAUGGUGCUGGGGAUUGGUACCUCAAAAUUACAAAUCAAAGCAGCAACAACAUCAGAGAGUUUCAGGCUAAGCUCCUACCUGUUAAAGAAAGUGGAUACUCCCUUGAGGCUACUGAUUAUGGAGGCUGAAAAUAUAGAUUUCAUAUAGUGAUAUACAGAGUAUAUAUGUAACAUUUGUUUAUAAGAUCAAUCAUAUUUUAUUCGAUUAAUAUCAUAGUUUUUUUUCUUCUUAUAAGUACUUAAUUUAG